CCAGUCUACCGGAAACUCACACGAAGAAGAAGUAAAGAGAAAGUGAACAGUGACUAAGAACAAUUUCCAUUUUAGCGUUUUCAUUGUUAUUUGGACGUUUAAUACCACCCUGGAACUCAAUAGAUGACUCAUUUAAUUGCACAGCACCACAUACUUGCAGCGUGUAGUGUUUAAUACGCGCUGGAGACUGGACUUGUUUGAUAGAUGUUUUCUAGGUAACGCUAACAAUGGCUAACUGUAUGGUUUUUCACACUCAAAUGGCCUCCAUCAUGGAGGUGCUAGCGAAUGCAGCUGUAGCAGAGAUCUGUAAACUCGUAGACGACGACUAUGCAGUGUUUCGUUUGGAAAUAACUCAAAGCCAGAAAGAAAACAGGGGAUUGCGGAGGAAACUACAGCUACUGGAAAUCAAAGUGGCACGGGAGCGCGCAGAGAGGACAAUGAGAGAGCGCGUCCUCGCCAGUCGUCCCAGUAGUGUCAAGAUCCUCGACCGACACAGAGGAAUGGCAAGAGGUGAAGGACAUCUCACUGGAGGCUACAGGAGCUCUGUGAAGCCAGCAGGACACAAUACAUGGAGAGAUGACCAACCAAUCACUGUUGAUGAGGGGAGUGGAACCUCAACCCAGCACGUUAUCAUGCUAGAGUCUGCAGAGGCUGCAGGUCCUGGAGUCAAGCAGGAGAGGUCUGAAGGAGAGGAGGACACACAGCACAGCAGAGACAUCCAGGCUGGAGCGCCCCCUGUAAGCACAGAGGAACCCACCACUGUCCCAGCACAGCCCAAAACCCGACGCAGCAUCACGGAGGAGGAGGAGGGUCCAGAGGUGCUGCUGGUGAAGGAGGAGGGUUGGGGGAACCCUGAGGGGACCAUGGUCAUAGAGGACAACCAGACUACACCACCUUCUGAAACCACAGAGGAACCAGCUGAGCAGCACAGGACCACACACAGUCUCCCUGAGCCAGUAGACAUGGAGGAUGGGAAGCCUGAUCUGCUGCUGGUCAAAGAGGAGACAAUAGAGGACGGACGAGAGAGCACUGACCUGCUGAGUGGACUAAAGAUGGGGGAGCAAGGUGGUUGGCUGGAGGCUAACAGAGGAGACUGGGCAGCCAUCAUGGAUACCCAGACGGGUGCAGCCAAGGGCACAGGGGACAACAUCACUGAUCAGGCCAGGACCAGAGAUGACAUAUUGGAGUCUGCAGUCCAUGAAGACCUGCUUAUAUCCAGUGUUACUGGUGGGAGAGAGUGGACCUCUGAAGCAACUGAUCACAUACCCUGGCCCCGGAUCAGAACCAUGGAUCAGGAGCCUUCAGUCUUCCUUCCCGAGUUGGAACAAGGACCCAACCAAGAAGGACAGAGACUCCUCCACCACCACACAGAACACAACCAGUGGACAAGUGGAUUAAACAACCUCAGUCCUGGAGGUCAUCAGAGAGACCGAGGCUCCAGUCAGGGAUCCAGUCUGCAGCCCAGACCCUUUUCUUCACAGUCUCAGUGCGGGGAUGAAACCGGGCCUUGGGCUGAUAGAGAUAGACCCUCCUGUUCCUAUGAUACAAACACCACAGUAUCCAUGAUGAACAGAGCAGGUUACCCUGGGUUUCAGCCUUCACAGAGAGUGACAGGAGACCAGAGUCUAACAGGAAGUCUGUCUUCUCCUUCAGGGUCUUAUCUAAUGCCUCGUGACUGGGUUCAUAGAAGGCCUGAACCUGUGUCUAGUCUUCCUCAGUUACCUCCUGGUUAUCCCACCAAUACAGACAGGGUCAGGAUGGGCGUUCACAACAAGAGGUACCUAGCCUAUACCACAGAACACAAUUCCAACAACACCCCAACAAUGGCUAGAGGUCAAGGAAGGAGUUCAAAGAUUAACCACCUGAGGGUGGUGGCUCCUGCUUCUACCUCCUCUGGUGUCAUUGGGUCACAACGUGGGAGGCCGAGCAUUAAGGCGGACGCCGACAAGCUGUACAUCUGCCCAACGUGUGGGAAGCGCUUUGCUAAAGCAAACUAUGUGAAGGAGCACCAGACCAUUCACACCAAGGAGAGGCCCUUCAAGUGUAAGCUGUGUUACAAGAGCUUCUCCUUCCUGAGUAACCUUAUCAGACAUAGGAGUGUCCACAAUGGAGAGAAGCCCUUCAGCUGUACCCAGUGUCACAUGCGCUUUGCCCAUGCUGGCAACCUGAAGAGGCACCAGAAGGUCCACACGGUAGAAAGUCAACAGCUGACCCCAGUGUGAGAAGAGGUUCUCUCACCAGCACCAGCUGAAGAUGCACUUGAAGGUCCACACAGGAGAAAGGCCAUUCACAUGUACACACUGCAAGAUGUUCUCAGAGAGGAGCUACCUCAG